AUGGCGUUGAGUGACAAACAAGGCCAAGAUUCUUCGCUGGCUUCGGGCAUGACAAGUGAGGAUUGGCGCCAACUGGAGAAGGAGUGUCGAUCGAAACUCUGCGCCUUAGAUAGCAAGUCCCACGACUUAGCCAACCUAUUGCAAGUCAUAAAGGAGCUGUACGGAUCAAAUGCCCGCCUGUCUACAGUCUCCAUGCGAGACUUCCGACUACUGUUGAAGCGGAGACCUUUCAAGAGGAAACUGACAAUCACGGAUCUUUUCAUCUUCCCACUCACGUUGACUCAGUUUCUUCAAGAACUCAAGUCGCCAUGGUAUCGUGUUUUGUAUCGGAUCGAUUUCAUCGCCCACCCAAAUGAGAUGGUGCUUGUGCUUGGUCGACCGGGUUCCGGUUGCACUCUGCUUCUCAAAGCGAUAGCAGCUAACGACAUUGACUCAUUCACAAAAGUAGAAGGCGAUCUUCGAUACGGCGACUUGACACAACAUCAAGCAAUAAAACUGCCCGACCACGACAUGAUAUACUGCCUGGACAAGGAUAUCCAUUUCCCAAGCUUGACGGUGGAACAGACACUCAAAUUCGCUAUUUCUUGCAAGACACCAGCACUCUUCCGUGGUUGGAGACUACAAAGAGACUACAUCAAUAAGAUGACAGUGAUGUUUGCCCAGAUAUUAGGUCUUUCGGAUGCGAUCCACCAGAGGGUUGGCGACGCCGCGCACCCCGGACUCCUGAUAUAUCAGAAGCGACGCCUCACCGUCGGAGAAGCCCUUGCUUGUCGAGGCAAUCUUUACUGCUGGGACAAUGCUACCCGUGGCCUUGAUGCAUCAUACCUAGGUGAAUUCACCGACACUGUUCGCCAGUGGACGACGUCCUUGGGAACGACGUCGUUUGUGACGGAGAACCUGCUUCCGAAUAGCGUGUACUCUCACUACGACAAGGUGAUUGUCAUGUACCAUGGCCGGCAGAUAUACUAUGGACCCACGUCGGAGGCUAAAGCUUACUUUGAACGUAUGGGCUAUGUGAGUGCUCCUGAUCAGCAAAUCUCGGACUUUUUGACUUCCGUGACAUCAAGACUCAGUCGGAAGAAAAACCCUGAUAUCAAACGAUACAUACCCGAACUGGCGGAUGAAAUGGAGAAAUGGUGGCAGGACCUGGAUGAAUUCAAAGCAUUGCAAGAUGAACUUCAUUCUUUUUGCCAGCCCCUCGAAAACCAGCCAAGGGAGGGAAAAUGGUACAAUCGGUACGACCAUAACCAUUUCCAUUCGCAUUUUACUGUAAGCUACCCCAUUCAAGUGUGGCUUUGUAUAAUCCGUGCCUUCCAGAGGCUUCGUGGUGACUUUAUGUACCAAUCGAUCAACGUUAUAUUGGGUCUGAUUCAGGGAGUAUUGAAUGGCUCCAUGUUAUGGGACGUACCUCAGCUGGCGGCUGCUGCUAGUCCUCGAGGCGGUGUGUCUUUUUUUGCAUUAUUGUUUACUACGUUGCUGUGCUUGUCCGACGUGGGAUUUUCAUUUGCUAAUAGAGAAGUCAUCGAUAAACAAAAAUCAUACGGUAUGGCUCAUUCGCUGGCGGAUGCUAUUGCUAUGUUUGUGCAGUUGAUACCAGUUUCGGCCAUCGCCUGUAUUACGUUCGUCAUCCCGUUGUACUUUUUGAGUGACAUGAGACGAGAGGCCGGUCCCUUUUUCAUUUUGUUCUUGUUUGUUUACAUGGCACAACUUUCAACAAUUACUUUGUUUCGAGCUGUUGGGGCGUUGAACCGAUCACUUUUAAUCACACAGAGUUUGGCAGGGUUUUUGGCAAUGAUAACAUUGGUGUACUCACUGAGUCUUGUUGCCCGUCCCUAUAUGCCAGUGUGGUUCAGGUGGAUAUCCUACGUCAAUCCUACAUUUUACGCUUAUGAGCUGGCUUUAAGCACUGAAUUUCAUAACAGAGGAAUGGAAUGUGGUGGUCCCAGACUUAUCCCGAGCGGUCCGGGGUAUGAAACAACGUUUCCGGGUGGUCAGGGUUGUGCUGCUCCAGGCUCACUGUUAGGGGAAACUAUGGUUCAAGGCGAUGUUUACUUGAAGAUGGUGUACACCUUUCUGUACAGCCACGUUUGGCGUAACUUGGGGUUUAUGAUAGCCUACAUCUCGUUCAAUCUUUUCGUCAACAUAAUGGGUCUUGAGUUCGUUGCUCCCAUCCGCCGCCUCAAUCACAAAUUGAUCUAUCUCCGUGGGAAACUUCCCAAGGAAUUGAAGUAUGUUGAAAAAAGUACCGCAAGGGACAUUGAAUGUCGACCCGACGAUGUGUUGCCUACUCUCGAUGAUGAUUGGGCACCUCCCUCGUGUACGAAAAUGUUCUCUUAUUUCGAAAACGAAAAUGUUUUCGCUUGGAAAAACCUCAGCUUGCAAGUUAAGAAGAAGGUAGACGGCCAGAAACACUCGACUACUCAGCUACUUCUUGAUGAUGUGUUUGGAUACAUUGAACACGGCAAAAUGACUGCAAUCAUGGGUGAAUCAGGCUCGGGUAAGUCACUUUUGUUGAAAACUUUAGCACACCGUAGAGAUGUCGGGGUGUUGACGGGUGAGAUGCUUAUCAAUGGUGCACCAUUAGAUCUGAGUUUUCGCCGUCAAACAGGAUACGUUUCACAGGAGAACUUAUUUCUAGCGACCGACACUGUGAGAGAGACCCUUUAUCUUAGUGCGUGCCUUCGUCGUCCGUCUCUGGUUAGCGAGAAAGAGAAGAAAGAUUACUGUGACGAGAUAAUCAGAAUGAUGGAAAUAGAUGCUUACGCUGAUGCUGUUAUCGGAAAGAAUGCCCUGGGUCUUACUAUAAAGCAACAAAAACAACUUGCGAUAGCCAUAGAACUUGUGGCAAAGCCAUCAUUGAUUAUGUUUUUGGAUGAGCCAACUUCGAAAUUGGAUUACCAAUCGUCGUUUGCUAUUCUUACAAUGCUUCGUGACUUAGCUUCAGCUGGUCAAAUGGUUCUUUGCACUGUGCACAAACCACCAGGACUACUCUUGGAUAUGUUUGAUAGAGUAUUAUUGCUUGGAAAUGGCGGUAAAAUGCUAUACUUUGGCGACGUGGGACCAAAUUGCCAAGUAGUAGUCAAUUAUUUCGCAAGACACGGCGCCAGUGAGUGCAAGGAUUAUGAAAGUCAAGCUGAUUAUAUCUUGGAAGUUACGAAUGAGGCUUCGCACAAGCUGGAUAUCAACUGGCAUGAAGUUUGGCAGUCUUCGCCAGAAAGGCGAGAGGCUAUGGAAGCCUGGGACCGGAUUGUCAACGAGUAUCUGAGCACACCCCAACUAUCUGAUCAUCAAAGGAAUGAGCUCUCCAAGAAGUACGCCUCCUCCUAUUUAACACAAUUUCGCUGGGUCUAUCUUCGCACGUUGAGAUGUUUUUGGCGGGACCCAAUAUAUGCUCUAGCAAAAUUCUUCAUGCAAAUAUCAUUGGGACUCGUUAUUGGAUUCACCUACUGGUCUCCUGCACCCAACCAGACGCAGGUGGCAAAUGGAUUGUUUGUUUCGUUUUUCACUGUGGUGUUCACGUCCCCUAUUCUUUCAGUGAUUCAACAGAAGGCAAUAGAGGGACGUACUGUUUAUGAAGCUUCUGAUGGGCCCCUGAGAACAUACAGUUGGGUGAUUAUGAUUUUGACGGAAGCUUUUGUUGAAAUACCAUUCAUGUGGUUUCAAGCGGCGAUCAUGUUUGUUGCCAUUUACUUCCCGACACGAGCAGAUUUGCUGGCAUCCCAUGCUGGCAUAUUUUACUUGUCACAAGGCGUGUGGCUCCAGACUUUCGUUGUUCUGUUCUCACUUAUGCUAUACUAUUACGCACCAACAUUUGACAUUGCUGUGGCAGUUGCAAACAAUUUGAAUUCGAUUCUUUGUUCAUUUUGUGGUGUGCAACAAGCUAGAAAUAUGAUGCCUGGAUUUUGGAAGUUCUUGAACCGGGUUGAUCCAUACACUUACUAUAUGGAAAACAUGCAAACACUGAUGAUGCAUAAUCGUCCAAUUAGGUGCUUCGCCAAUGAAAUGGCCCACUUUUAUCCACCCCAGGGGAAGACCUGCGGAGACUACAUGCAACAAUUCGUUGAAGCUAACGGGGGUUACGUUGAGGAUCCGAAUAGCACAACUCAAUGUGCGUAUUGUUUGUUUACCAAAGCUGAUGAAUUUUUGAGUACGGUUGGGGUGAGUUACAAUAAUGUUGGUCGCAAUGUUGGGUUCUUUGCCGCCUAUUCAAGCUUUAAUUUAUUGUUGGCCCUAGGACUCUAUUGGAUUUUCAGAGUUAAGAAGUGGCCUCGCAUGCACCGGAACAAUAGAGACAAACCAUUUUGA